AUGAAGAAGAUUCAAGAGUGCGACUACUCUUUCCCAGACGACUUCGAUCCCGUGAUCAGGACGCUUGUGGAACGUUGUUUAGUCAACAAUCCUACCGUUAGGAUUACCAGUGGGGAGCUCAGGGACCAUUCAUUCUUCAGUUCUGUCGAUUGGGAUACGUUAUGGAAGCAAACACCUCCAACCCUCCAACAUAGGGAUUCACCGGCCGUGGGUCGAACCAAAAAGUUGAUGCCCACUAUUGUGGCCAAUACAUCACCAAGACAGCUAUCGUCAGAUGCUUCUCCGCCCUCUCCUGGAGCUACAACCUCCACGCAAGAGGAGAGGACAGCAAAAACCGAGAAGCGCCCUCCCGUUGCAUGGCCACAAAGACCAGGGCAAGACCCCAGUGAACUUACAGCACACCUGAAAAAGACUGCAAUCCAGUAUCCUUACUCUGUACCGCGGAACUCGAAUGGAUGUGAGGAUUUACUACAUACACUUUCAUUGUUCUAUGAGCCCUCACUUGAAACCUGUGCACUGACACUUUUUGCCAAGGCACUCAAAGAUGACCUGGUCGCAACACUGUUCCCAGACACUCGCAACAACAGGUUUAUGAAUCACCGACUAGCAACUAAUAUCAGAGUGCACCACAAUCGGCAUGUUAUAAUACAGGGUGGUCAAUGGGCAAAGCAGGUCCAAAAAUGGCUUUUGGCUAGAGGAUUCUAG